CACACACGCUAACACUCACAGGAUGGCUGCCGUCUCGCCUUGCCGCUGUCAAAUGCCUCAGACCUUCAUCAUCUUCCUUUUGGUGCUGUCAGGUAGACAGUUUUCCUCUGUUUCCUGUUUUAAAGUGGCGGAGGGGGGCGUAGCCUCUCUGUCCUGUCAGUACUCUGUGAAGCGGUUUGGUCUGAGUCGGGUCUGCUGGGGUCGCGGCUGCGGGACAUUCUGGUGCAACAACAUUUUGGUGCAGACAGACGAGCAUGGCGUCAUCUCCAAGGUGGAGGACAGGUACCGGCUGACAGGGGACGUCCUGGAUGGACAGAUGGACCUGGACAUCCUGAACGUGAGGCGGACGGACAGCGGGCCGUACUGCUGCAGGGUGGACAUCGACGGGAUCUUCAAUGACAAGAAAGUCAUCAUGAACCUGAGAGUGGUCAAAGCUCCCGUCACCAGUUCUCCUCCUUCAAUGACAACCACGACAGCAAUGACCAUUCAAUCCACAGAGCCAUCGGUCUCCACAGUAAACUGGAAAUCGCUGCUGUCGUCUCAGCUGGACCUGCUGAGGAGGAACUCCACGCGGCUGCACUCUGACACUGUCGGUGUGGAGGACUCCCUGCCGUCUCUUUCCCUCCAGAUCAAUGUUCCCAUCCUCUCUCUGUCCCUCAGUGUGUUGCUCAUCUUGGCAGCAGUUUUUCUCUUUCUGGCCUUCAAACGUGGAAUAUACAGAAGAGCCUUAAAGCCUGGCUGUUUCUCCUCUGAAGAACCUCCUCACAUCAUAUAUGAGAUCCGGAUGAGAAGACCAGUACAAGAGAAUAUAUACACUCUGGACUAGAGAGCCUUUUCUACAACUCAGCCGCAAAUGAACUGUUGUUUUUUGUUUGUUGUUUUUGUCUACAAAACACAGAAAGUGUCUGAAUUACUGUAAUACAAUCAGGGGGUAAAAUUAUCACCAUCAGCCACAUGUUAUUUCAAUUUUCUAUGCCUCUCUAUAUCCAGUGAAAAAAAAUAAGUCAUGUGACAAAAAACAUUAACAAAUAUGUUACAUUGUACAACAUGGUCCUUCUUCUACUUGGCAUCAGAGCCAAACUGUUUAGUACAAUUAUCUCAAAAUCAAAUCUAGACCCAACACAUGAAUUCAAGAUUCACAAGAGAUGAUAUAGGGCAUUUACUCACAACUUUCAUAUAAGUAAAAGUAAAAAUAUUACAGUGAAAAUAUACUCUGAUACAAGUUAAAAUCCUACUUAAGUACAAAAGUAUUAACAUUAAAAUAUACCUGCUGAUAGAUACUUAUAUAAAAUACUAAGAACGCAUUAAGUUACUGUGUUCAUCACUUUAAUGUUGCAGCUGGUAAAAGUGAAACACAGUUUAAAUACUUAUAUAUGAACUGCUGCGUAGUUUAAUCUAAAAUAACACAUCAUAAUGUAUUAGUUUAUAUUUUGUAUUAGUAAAAAAUCAAAUUUUGCCAAAUUACUAAGCCUGUCAAACAAAUGUAGUGGAAUACCACGCCCCUGUAUUUCACACAUUGUUUCAUUCUGUGUCUGACUGUGAGCAGGAUCCUGCUGCUGCUGCUGUACUUUGUCUUUUAUUAGUGUUUCUUGUGACAACUAACCUGUCUAAACUUCCUGAAAGCAAGCUGAAUAAACGCCAAUCACAAUUUCUGUGUGUGAUAAUCUGACAAUAUACAGUUUUUCUCAGUGGCAGUGACAUUUUUGUGUGUGCUUGUUUCUAUCUUGUAUGCUUGUUUUACUUGCUGUUCAGCACUUUGUAACGUUUUGUUUUGAAAAGUGCUCUAUAAAUAAAGUUUAUUAUUAUUAUGA